GCAUAUUGUUCCCCACACUGAUAUAUUAUUCAAUAUAACAAUCGCAGGAAAGAUUUUAACGAAACUGUGUUUAAUAAUUUCAAAUUGUAGCAGAUAAUAUGAAACGAAAAUUAGUUUGUAUAUAUAUCAUAUCUUUUCACUGACAGUAGUUGUACAAAAUGCGCUUACGUUACACAGAAAAAAUGUAAUAAAAAUUUGUUCGAUAUCGUAGAAUAUUGUAUCGAGAACAGGAAUAUAUCUUUCGAUUACUAUAACGGUAUCAACAUUUUCAUAGGCAUGUGCUCAUGUAAAAUCAUCUAUUACUUUUACUGUUCUUAUUGCCUGUAGUUAAAAGAAUGAGUACAUACAUCAUACAACUUUCUACUGAAUAAAGAAAAUACUCUUAAAUAAAUAGUCGAGUAUAUUGACGCAGUCAAAUUUUCUGCUUUAAAAAUCGAUCGUACAAUAUUCGAUAACUGAUCCGACCGUUUUCAAAUAUGCACUACAGCUUGCAGAUAAAAUUAGGAAGAAGUGGAAUUCGCUUGUUUCAGAGAUUCACACAAUUAACAUAUGCUGGUUUAAUUAGCGUACCGCUUGUUUUCAAUAAGUAUCGCGGAAUCUUAGUUGAAGAUUGAUCAGAUUUGAAUAAAGAGGAGAGUAACGAGAAUCAUUUACUCGGUGAUAUAAUAUUUCAUUACGUUUUCAAUUAUUAUUAACAGAGAGGUAUGUAGUCUCGCUUAAUAAUUAUGUAUGUAGUUUUGCUUGACAUUAUACGUAUAAUAUAGUUUUUAACAAAAGCUUGAAGACCGGUUCACGUGGACUUGAGCCCUUAUCGACUUAACCCACUUCUCGCUUUAGGUGCACCGUUAUCUCGAUUUUGGCAGAAUUAUUUAAAUGUACGACACCCCAACUUAACGGAUACGACUUUAGAUUUUUAACAGAUUCCUGCACGCAAUGAGACGUAUCAAAGUUACGAGGCGAAAGAAUUUUUAUCUUAACAUAUUUAUGUUAGCUGAACUGCGAGGAGAAAACAGGCGAAGUGGUGAUAGUCGGUAACGGUGCUGUAGGGAAAUCAUCGAUGAUCCAAAGGUUUUGCAAGGGUACAUACACGAGAGACUAUAAGAAAACGAUUGGCGUCGAUUUUCUGGAACGAGAGAUCGAGGUGGAUGGCGAGGACGUCAGGCUGAUGCUGUGGGAUACUGCAGGUCAAGAGGAAUUCGACGCAAUCACCGCGGCUUAUUAUCGCGGCGCCCAUGCCUGCGUCCUCGCUUAUUCAGCCACUGACAGAGAUUCCUUCGACGCCAUUCCUUCGUGGAAGCUGAAGGUGGAAAACGAGUGCGGUGAAAUUCCCACGGUUCUUGUACAAAACAAGAUGGACCUCGUUGAUCAGUGCGUCAUUGAUCCGGACGAGGCUGAGAGACUUGGUCGUGCUCUAGGUUGUAAGCUUCUAAGAACCUCCGUGAAAGAGGAUGUCGGUGUUAUGAGUGUCUUCCGGCAUCUGGCGUCGCGAUGUCUCCACGAGAUGCGCCGCUGUGACGACGAUUAUCAGGACGAUCUGAGAUUAUAUUCUGCCGGGCCUAGAUCUCCUUCUGUAAUAAGUGCUUUUAGUCCAAACGGAUCUACGUGUGGUCGGAAUACAGGGAAUGGUACCAUAGUUCUACGGCCAGGAGCCAAGACAAAGAAUCAUAAAAAAAAGAAUUUCGUAAAAAACGCUUGUAUACUACUUUAGUCUUUUGCGUAUAUAAGUACGUACGCAAGAAAUUGUAAUGAAUACUUUAACCAUGUACAGACUGAUAUUCAUACUAUUUAUAAUGAUAUAUAGCUCUUUCUCUUUAUGAUUGUUGCGACAACGUACACUCUAAUUGGUUUAAACAUUUAUUGUUAUAAAACAAAUACAACGUACAGUAUUGCAUUCAUAACAGAUAGACAAAUAAGCUGCAUGAUUUAUCUUCAAACAAUAUUGCUCUGUCAGUUGUUUCCCGUUUCGCAUUUUUUUUAUAAAUGCAUAGAAGAUCUGGUUGAUGUUAUAAUUUGCAUUAUUUCGAUGAAAACUUUAAAUGUUUAAUAUGUUAAAUGAAUAUGUUCAAUUUCUAUGUGCAAUCGAUAGAGAAUUUAUUUGUGCAAAUUUUUUCUAGGAAAAAAGUUAUGCAUUCUAGAAUUCUUAAAUUAUACUACAAAGUACAAAGUGAAAAAGACAAAUGAAUGAUGUUUUAAGCAGCACACUUUGUAAUGUAACAUUAGAGCAUUUUUAUACUUUGAAUUUUCUUAUUGGAUAUUCUUAAUCUUCUCGAACUUCCCAACAUUGUGUACAUACGCGUAUUUGAAGCACGCUACUGUUUUAUGCGUACAAUUUUUUAGUUUCCAAUAGAAUAAUUUUUUUUACCAAUGUCAAGUUUUUGUACAUAUAUAACUUGUAUGUGUUAAUGAUGAGCGUUAAAAAUGAAUGUAACUAUGUCUUUUUAUAUGUUGAGUUACGCAUUGGGUUUAAACAGCUGUAACAAGUGAUCAGUAAAGGUAAUACAUGGUUAUCUCUUUUAAAUUAAAAAUUAUCUUAAAUUGUUUGAAAUUAUUAGAAGAUACAAAUAUUAAUUUAUGUGUAAACAGAUAUCGAUAUAACGGCUAACCAAAUAUUCUAGCUUGUAAGAAAGAAAAUAUUAUGUUGACAGAAAUACUCUUUUUUUGUAAAUGAUAACGAUCAAAAACAAAUAAAAA